AUGCGUGUCAAACCAGACGCCCCCAAGCCUCCGUCCAAGAAGGAGUAUAGUUGGCAUUUCUGGGCCAUCUCCCUCCUGGCAUCGGUCGAGAGCACAGUGGCAUCGACUGCACUUCCCUCCAUCUCUGGCACCCUCCACGCUGGAGGGAAUUAUGUAUGGUUUGUCAAUACGUACUUUCUGACCAGUACGGCAUUUCUACCUUUGUUCGGUCAGAUGGCCGAUAUCUUUGGUCGACGCUGGUUGACAAUUUGCACAGUGGCCACAUUCGCUCUAGGCAGCAGCAUCUGUGGUGGCGCGAGUACGACAGCUAUCCUACUUUGCGGUCGAGCCGUGCAGGGCGUCGGUGGCGGUGGUAUUAACCUCAUGAUCGAGAUGAUCGUUUGCGACCUAGUUCCGCUCCGUGACCGUGGUCGAUUCAUGGGCGUCAUCUUUGCCAUCUUUACUAUCGGCACUUCCCUCAGCCCUUUCAUCGGCGGCGCCAUCAUUGAGAACACCACCUGGAGAUGCGUCUUCUACAUCAAUUUGCCUAUCUCGGGGGUAUCUCUUUCUCUCCUAGGCACGUUUGUGCACGCCAACUACCAGCACGGUCCUUCCACCCUCGACCGCCUCCGUCGCAUCGACUACACAGGCAACCUCAUACUCGUCCUAAUUCCGUUGAUCCUUGGCUUUUCUGGGAUGGUCGGGUUCUACCUCUAUGAGACAUCACCAUGGUGCUCACAGCCCAUGGUACCGAAGCACCUCUUCAACAACCGGACGUCGGCGGCCGCCCUCUUCCUUACCCUCAUCCACGCGCUAUCUGGCGUUCUCUUACUGCCUACUGUGGUUGCCAUUAUGCCAGGCGGCUUGAUAAGCGGCUUCUACAGCCACCUCGCUCUCUACGUUGUCUUCCAGAUCAUUGCUGGCGUAGGCCCUGGGCUCGCGCUGACGACGCUUUUGCCAGCCACACAAGCCGCCCUGUCCGAAAAGUAUACUGCCUCAUCCACGGCUGUGUGGUCUCUUGUUAGAAGCUUCGGGACAGUCUGGGGUGUGUCAGUCCCGGCAGCAGUCUUCAACAGGCGGGCUGACACUCUGGCUUAUCGAGUCACGGAUCCCGCCAUCAGAGCUAUGAUCGCCAAUGGGCAGGCGUUCUCGCAUGCUUCCAGCGAGCUCCCGAACACUUUUAGCAACACCACUAGGGACCAAGUCGUUGAAGUGUACAACGAAAGUCUUCACACGGUGUGGAUCGUCGCAGUCAUCAUUACGGGGGUCUCGAUCUUCGUCGUAUUUGCAGAGAAAGAGAUCGAGUUGAGAGAUAACUUAGACACCGAUUACGGUUUUCAAGACUCAGCGAAGCCUACUUCGUCCCAAGAGAACAAUUCCUAAGAUACAAAUAAUCAGUCACAGGAUACUCAAGAGAUUACAUAGACUAGGAGAUGUUCAAAACUAUUGUUCAGGCUCUUUGCUCGGUCUUUAAUCACAUGCUACACAAUAGCCCCCUACACACUAUUAGUUUUGAUAAACGGUUGGAGCUAAGUUGUUGAGAGGAUCAUAC